AUGCAACAUGCGCGCAGGCAGGCAGCAGCGUUGGUGAGACAUAUUCGCCGGACGUUGAUCGACGCCUCGAGUCGCACUUCUCCGUAUACGUAUGGGCGCAGUUACAGUCCGUACGAAAAAGUCGUUCUCGACCAAGCCCAAGUGGCGGCGGUCGCCACCCAACUGGUCGAGUCCUACGGCGCCCAAGUGGGCGUGUUCUCGGCGCUGCUGGCGACCACCGCCGUAUGUCUCGUGGCUAUGGUCAUCUACAUCGCCAAGUUGAAGGCAAGAACUGUGGUUGAGUCCAAGGAAGUGGUGGACGAGACGACUGUGGAGGCGCCGCCUGCUGCAAGGGCUGACGAGCCGAAAGAGGACAUGACGGUCACAGUGUAA